GCUGUCAGGGGCCACAGCGAGGCCCAGCUUGAAAGUAGAGCACUGUGAAAGAAUUCAAGAUGCCACCUAAUAUAAACUGGAAAGACUUAAUGAAAGUUGACCCAGAUGACCUACCUCGUCAAGAAGAACUGGCAGAUAAUUUAUUGAUUUCCUUAUCCAAGGUGGAAGUAAAUGAGCUAAAAAAUGAAAAUCAAGAAAAUGUGAUACACCUUUUCAGAAUUACUCAGUCGCUGAUGAAGAUGGCUCAGCAGUCUGUAGGUGGACGGGACACUCGGUUCUUACGUGAUGAAAUUCGCCAACUUGAAAAGCAAUUGGAACAAAAAGAUAGAGAAUUGGAGGACAUAGAAAAGGAGUUGGAGAAAGAGAAGAAAGUUAAUGAACAAAUGAAAGCUCAAGAAGUAGAGCUAGCUUUGGAAGAAGUUGAAAAAGCUGGAGAAGAACAAGCAAAAUUUGGUAAGUCCUUGGCAAAAUUAAUUUUGUCUUCUAAAGAUGAUGAAAUUAUUGAAUAUCAGCAAAUGUUACAUAACCUGAGGGAGAAACUUAAAAAUGCCCAGCUUGAUGCUGAUAAAAGUAAUGUUAUGGCUCUACAGCAGGGUAUACAGGAACGAGACAGUCAAAUUAAGAUGCUCACUGAACAAGUAGAACAAUAUACAAAAGAUAUGGAAAAAAAUACUUUUAUUAUUGAAGAUUUGAAAAAUGAGCUCCACAGAAACAAAGGUGCUUCAACCCUUUCUCAACAGAGUCAUUAUAUGAAAAUUCAGUCAAAGGUACAAAUUUUAGAAGAGAAAACUAAAGAGGCUGAGAGAACAGCUGAACUGGCUGAGGCUGAUGCUAGGGAAAAGGAUAAAGAAUUAGUUGAGGCUCUGAAGCGAUUAAAAGAUUAUGAAUCGAUAAUCAGCUUCGGCCUUGAACCAAAGACAAUGAUUGAUUUAACUGAAUUUAGAAACAGUAAACGCUUAAAACAGCAGCAGUACAGAGCUGAAAACCAAAUUCUUUUGAAAGAGAUUGAAAGUCUGGAGGAGGAACGAAUUGAUUUGAAAAAAAAAAUUCGUCAGAUGGCUCAAGAAAGAGGAAAAAGAAGUGUAACUUCAGGAUUAACCUUUGAAGACCUGAACCUAAAUGAAAAUGUUUCUCAAGAUAGGGUAGGACAAACAAAAUGGGAUUUAAUGAGCCUCAAAAGUAUGAGUGAAGCACAAUCAAAGAAUGAAAUCAUAGCACAGGAUUUAUUGAUUAAAGAAGCAGAGAGUAGAAAUGCAGAAAUAGAGCUUGAACGUCAUAGAAGCCAGGCACAACAGGCUAUAGAGUCAAAGAAUGCAGAAGGAAUCUUUGAUGCCAGUCUGCAUUUGAAAGCUCAAGUUGAUCAACUUACUGGAAGGAAUGAAGAAUUAAGACAGGAGCUCAGGGAAUCUCGGAAAGAGGCUAUAAAUUACUCGCAGCAGUUGGCAAAAGCAAAUUUAAAGAUAGAUCAUCUUGAAAAAGAAACCAGUCUUUUACGACAAUCAGAAGGAUCAAAUGUUGUGUUUAAAGGAGUUGAUUUACCUGAUGAGAUAGCACCAUCUAGUGCCAAUAUUAUUAAUUCUCAGAAUGAAUACUUAAUACGUCUCUUACAGGAACUAGAAAAUAAAGAAAAGAAGUUAAAGAAUUUAGAAGAUUCUCUUGAAAGCUAUAACCGAAAAUUUGCCGUAAUUCGUCAUCAACAAAGCUUGUUAUAUAAAGAAUAUCUAAGUGAAAAGAAAACCUGGAAAACGGAAUCUGAUACAAUAAAAGAGGAAAAGAGAAAGCUUGAGGAUCAAAUCCAACAAGAUGCUAUAAAAGUAAAAGAAUAUAAUAAUUUGCUCAGUGCUCUUCAGAUGGAUUCAGAUGAAAUGAAAAAAAUACUUUCAGAAAAUAGUAGAAAAAUGACUGUUUUGCAAGUAAAUGAAAAAUCACUCAUAAGGCAAUAUACGACUUUGGUAGAAAUGGAGCGACAACUUAGAAAAGAAAAUGGGAAACAGAAGAAUGAGUUGUUGUCAAUAGAGGCUGAAGUUUGUGAAAAAAUUGGAUGUUUGCAGAGAUUUAAGGAAAUGGCCAUUUUCAAGAUUGCAGCUCUCCAAAAAGUUGUAGAUAACAGUGUCUCUUUGUCUGAACUAGAACUGGCCAAUAAACAAUACAAUGAACUGACUGCUAAAUACAGGGAUAUCUUGCAAAAAGAUAAUAUGCUUGUUCAAAGAACAGAUAACUUAGAACACCUAGAGUGUGAAAAUAUAUCCUUAAAAGAACAAAUAGAGGCUAUAAAUAAAGAACUGGAGAUUACCAAGGAAAAACUUCACACUAUUGAACAAGCCUGGGAACAAGAAACUAAAUUAGGAAAUGAAUCUCACAUGGAUAAGGCAAAGAAGUCAAUAACCAACAGUGACAUUGUUUCUAUUUCAAAAAAAAUAACUAUGUUGGAAAUGAAGGAAUUAAAUGAAAGACAGCGGGCUGAACAUUGUCAAAAAAUGUACGAACACUUAAGGACUUCAUUAAAGCAAACAGAAGAACGUAAUUUUGAACUGGAAACCAAAUUUGCUGAGCUUACCAAAAUCAGCUUGGAUGCACAGAAGGUGGAACAGAUGUUAAGAGAUGAAUUAGCUGAUAGUGUGAGCAAGGCAGUAAGUGAUGCUGAUAGGCAACGGAUUCUAGAAUUAGAGAAGAAUGAAAUGGAACUAAAAGUUGAAAUGUCAAAACUGAGAGAGAUUUCUGAUAUUGCCAAAAGGCAAGUUGAAAUUUUGAAUGCACAACAACAGUCCAGGGACAAGGAAGUAGAGUCCCUCAGAAUGCAACUGCUAGACUAUCAGGCACAGUCUGAUGAAAAGGCACUAAUUGCCAAGUUGCACCAAUGUGUUGUCUCUCUUCAAAUUAGUGAGGCUACUGCUCUUGGUAAGUUGGAGUCAGUUACAUCUAAACUGAAGAAGGUAGAGGCCUACAAUUUGCGCUUAGAGCAGAAACUCGAUGAAAAAGAACAGGCUCUCUAUUAUGCUCGUUUGGAGGGGAGAAACAGAGCAAAACAUCUGCGCCAAACAAUUCAGUCUCUACGACGACAGUUUAGUGGAGCUUUACCCUUGGCACAACAGGAAAAGUUCUCUAAAAUCAUGAUUCAACUACAAAAUGACAAAAUUAAGAUAAUGCAAGAAAUGAAAAAUUCUCAACAAGAACACAGAAAUAUGGAGAACAAAACCUUGGAGAUGGAAUUAAAGUUAAAGGGCCUAGAAGAGUUAAUAAGCACUUUAAAGGAUGCCAGGGGAGCCCAAAAGGUAAUCAAUUGGCAUAUGAAGAUAGAAGAACUUCGUCUUCAAGAGCUUAAACUAAAUCGGGAAUUAGUCAAGGAUAAAGAGGAAAUAAAAUAUUUGAAUAAUAUAAUUUCUGAAUAUGAACAUACAAUCAGCAGUCUAGAGGAGGAAAUUGUGCAGCAGAACAAGUUUCAUGAAGAAAGACAAAUGGCCUGGGAUCAAAGAGAAGUUGAGCUGGAACGUCAACUAGACAUUUUUGACCGUCAGCAAAAUGAAAUACUAAAUGCGACACAAAAGUUUGAAGAGGCUACAGGAUCAAUACCAGACCCUAGUUUGCCCCUCCCAAAUCAACUUGAGAUUGCACUAAGAAAAAUUAAGGAGAACGUUCGAAUAAUCGUAGAAACAAGGGCAACUUGCAAAUCACUAGAAGAGAAGCUAAAAGAAAAAGAAUCUGCUUUAAAGUUAGCAGAGCAAAAUAUUCUGUCAAGAGACAAAGUAAUCAAUGAACUGAGGCUUAGACUGCCUGCCACUGCAGAAAGAGAAAAACUUAUAGCUGAGCUAGGCAGAAAAGAAGUGGAACCAAAAUCUCAUCACACAUUGAAAAUUGCUCAUCAAACCAUUGCAAACAUGCAAGCAAGGUUAAAUCAAAAGGAAGAAGUGUUAAAGAAAUAUCAACAUCUUCUAGAAAAAGCCAGAGAGGAGCAAAGAGAAAUUGUUAGGAAACAUGAGGAAGACCUUCAUAUUCUUCAUCAUAAAUUAGAACUACAGGCUGAUAGCUCACUCAAUAAAUUCAAACAAACAGCUUGGGAUUUAAUAAAACAGUCUCCCACUCCAGUUCCUACCAACAAGCAUUUUGUUCAUCUGGCUGAGAUGGAACAGACAAUAGCAGAACAAGAUGACUCUCUCUCCUCACUUUUGGUCAAACUAAAGAAAGUAUCACAAGAUUUAGAGAAACAAAGAGAAAUCACUGAAUUGAAAGUCAAAGAAUUUGAAAAUGUCAAAUUACGGCUCCAAGAAAACCAUGCAGAUGAACUGAAAAAAUUAAAAGCAGAAGUAGAGGAUUUAAGGUGUCUUCUGGGCCAGUCACAAAAAGAGUCACAGAGUUUAAAAUCUGAACUUCAGGCUCAAAAAGAAGCAAAUUCGAGAGCUCCAACAACUACAAUGAGAAAUCUAGUAGAACGGCUAAAGAACCAAUUGGCCUUGAAAGAGAAACAACAGAAAUCACAAAUUGAAGAUUUAAGUGAAAAUCUUUUAACAUUGAAAGAAGCCCUUAAAACAAGUAAAAAUAGAGAAAACUCACUAACUGAUAAUUUGAAUGACUUAAACAAUGAACUGCAAAAAACCCAAAAAGCCUAUAAUAAAAUACUUAGAGAGAAAGAUGGAAUUGAUCAGGAGAAUGCUGAACUGAAAAGGCAAAUCAAAAGACUAUCCAGUGGAUUGCAGGGCAAACCUUUGAUAGAUAAUAAACAAAGUUUAAUUGAAGAACUGCAAAAGAAAGUAAAAAAACUAGAAAGCCAACUGGAAAGAAAAGUGGAUGAAGUAGACAUAAAACCUAUAAAAGAAAAGAGUGCUAGAGAAGAAUUAAUUAGGUGGGAAGAAGGCAAAAAAUGGCAAACCAAAAUGGAGGGAAUUCGAAGCAAGUUAAAAGAGAAAGAGGGGGAAGUCUGCACUCUAACUAAGCAGUUGAAUACUUUGAAGGACCUUUUUGCAAAAGCUGAUAAAGAGAAACUUACUUUGCAGAGGAAACUGAAAACAACUGGCAUGACUGUUGAUCAAGUUAUGGGAGUACGAGCUUUGGAGUCAGAAAAAGAGUUGGAAGAAUUAAAGAAGAGAAAUCUUGACUUAGAAAAUGACAUACUGUAUAUGAGUUUGUCUUUUGCAGUUUUUUAUUUCUUAAACUUUAAAAACAUUCCUAAUUUCAUUUUCCUGAAGACUGCAGGAAUAGAGUCAGAUGAUCAUUGUCAAAGAGAACAGGAGCUUCAGAGGGAAAACUUGAAGUUAUCAUCUGAAAAUAUUGAACUGAAAUUUCAGCUUGAACAAGCAUGUAAAGAUUUGCCAAGAUUAAAGAAUCAAGUAAGUGAUUUGAAGGAAAUGUGUGAAUUCCUUAAAAAACAAAAAGCAGAAGUUGAGCGGAAACUUGGUCAUGUUAGAGGGGAAACUGAAGCUGCAGAGAAAUUGCGGAUCGCCAAGAAUAAUUUAGAGAUAUUAAAUGAGAAGAUGACAGUUCAACUGGAAGAAACUGGCAAGAGAUUACAGUUUGCAGAAAGUAGAGGUCCACAGCUUGAAGGUGCUGACAGCAAAAGCUGGAAAUCAAUUGUUGUUACAAGAAUGUAUGAAACCAAGUUGAAAGAAUUAGAAACUGAUAUUGCCAAAAAAAAUCAAAGCAUUACUGACCUUAAACAGCUUGUAAGAGAAGCAACAGAGAGAGAACAAAAAGUUAAGAAAUACACUGAAGACCUUGAACAACAGAUUGAGAUUCUCAAACACAUUCCUGAAGGUACCGAGACAGAGCAAGGCCUUAAACGGGAGCUUCAAGUUCUUAGAUUAGCUAAUAGUCAGCUGGAGAAAGAAAAAGCAGAAUUAAUUCAUCAGAUAGAAGUUAACAAGGACCAAACUGGACCUGAAAGCAUCAAACCUGAUGCUGAUCAACUAAAGGAAAAAGUAAAAGAUCUAGAGACACAGCUCAAAACAUCAGAUCUAGAAAAGCAGCAUUUGAAGGAGGAAACAAAAAAGCUGAAAAAAGAACUGGAGAAUUUUGAUCCUUCAUUUUUUGAAGAAAUUGAAGAUUUGAAGUAUAAUUAUAAGGAAGAAGUGAAAAAAAAUAUUCUCUUAGAAGAGAAGUUAAAAAAACUUUCGGAACAAUUGGGAGUUGAAUUAACUAGCCCUGUUGCUGCUUCUGAACAGUCUGAAGAUGAAGAAGAAAGUCCUGUUAAUUUUCCUAUUUAUUAAGGUGGCCACCUAUACCUGUAGUUUUAUUUGCAUAUUUAUUAACUUUAUAAGUUAAAAUUCCAUGUGGA